AUGUCUAAAAGAGAAAUGAGUAUUGGUAGCCGUAAAAAUAAAACUCGUAGUGCACGCUCAGGCCUUACAUUUCCUGUGGGCAGGAUUCACAGAAUCCUUCGUAACGGUAAAUUUGCGCCUCGAGUCGGUUGCGGUGCCGCGGUUUACCUUGCGGCUGUUUUGGAAUAUCUCUCUGCGGAAAUUUUAGAGCUAGCUGCAAAAGCUGCUGAGGAUAAUGGCAGAUCGAGAAUAUCACCCAGGCAUAUAAUGUUGGCAAUUAGCAAUGAUGAUGAACUUGACAAAAUGUUACAUGGUGUGACAAUAGCACAAGGAGGAGUUAUGCCCAAGAUAUUGCAUCAGUUACUACCUAUAAAGACAGGGAAGAAAGGCCAUGGCAUUGAUAAAAAUAAUGGUUUUUCACAAGAAUAU